AUGUCUGGACGUGGCAAGCAAGGAGGCAAAGUUCGCGCCAAGUCCAAGACCCGCUCUUCUCGCGCCGGGCUCCAGUUUCCCGUGGGACGAGUGCACCGCCUGCUCCGCAAGGGCAACUACGCUGAGCGUGUCGGGGCCGGCGCUCCGGUGUACUUGGCGGCGGUGUUGGAGUACUUGACGGCCGAGAUCCUGGAGCUGGCGGGCAACGCGGCCCGCGACAACAAAAAGACGCGUAUCAUCCCGCGUCACCUGCAGCUGGCCAUCCGCAACGACGAGGAGCUCAACAAGCUGCUAGGCAAAGUCACCAUCGCUCAGGGCGGCGUCCUGCCCAACAUCCAGGCGGUGCUGCUGCCCAAGAAGACCGAGAGCCACCACAAGGCCAAGGGCAAGUAA